UUGCGGGGCGCGUGCGCAGCAGAGCUGUUGGGUGGUGCUACUGCUGCGGCGGUGCUCACCGGGUUCGUGUUCCCGGCAUGGGCAUUUCGCUGUCUUCGCUGCUGACUGUGCUGUCGCUCUUCUCCGGCCGGUGGCUCGAACUAGCAGGAAAUGGGCAGACAACCAACAUGGUCCAGCUACCAGGUGGGAGAUUCCAGAUGGGAACCAAUUCACCAGACGGCAGAGAUGGUGAAGGACCUGUCCGUGAGGUGACGGUAAAACCCUUUGCCAUCGACAUAUUUCCUGUCACCAACAAAGACUUCAGGGAGUUUGUCAGGGAGAAAAAGUACCGCACAGAGGCUGAGGUGUUUGGGUGGAGCUUUGUCUUUGAGGACCUUGUCUCUGAUGAGCUUAGAAACAAAGCAACCCAGAGAAUGCAGUCUCUCCUCUGGUGGCUCCCCAUGGAAAGGGCAUUCUGGAGGCAGCCUGCAGGUCCUGGCUCUGGCAUCCGAGAGAAACUGGAGUUCCCAGUGGUACACGUGAGCUGGAAUGAUGCCCGUGCCUACUGUGCUUGGCGGGGGAAACGGCUGCCCACUGAGGAAGAGUGGGAAUUUGCUGCCCGAGGGGGCUUGAAGGGUCAGGUGUAUCCCUGGGGAAACAAGUUCCAGCCAAACCGCACCAACCUGUGGCAGGGAAAGUUCCCCAAGGGCGACAAGGCUGAGGAUGGCUUCCACGGCGUCUCCCCCGUGAAUGCCUUCCCCCCACAGAACGACUACGGGCUCUAUGACCUCAUGGGCAACGUAUGGGAGUGGACGGCGUCACAGUACCAGGCUGCCGACCAGGACAUGCGUGUCCUCCGGGGGGCGUCCUGGAUCGACACAGCCGACGGCUCUGCCAACCACCGGGCACGUGUCACCACCAGGAUGGGCAACACUCCGGAUUCCGCCUCAGACAACCUAGGCUUCCGCUGCGCUUCCAGUGCAGGCCGACCUCCCGGAGAGCUGUGAGUGGCCAUGCAGAAACCAGAAGCGUGGCACCCAGGCCACUCCCCGGCCACAUUCCAAACACAGCCAGACUCCGGAUGACCUCCAUCCCCUUCCCCAUCCUCUGUGACAGGCACCUCUCCCCAGGGCAGGAAAGGACCCUGACCUCCACAGAGGGGUGACACUGUGUCUUGGAGAAGAGGCCCAACUUAUUGAUUGUGGCCAGGAGCUGGAUGUUUCUCUUAGAGGUCAGAUAUUGACCAUAUAGGGGCUACAUAUUCAAACAGCUGGGUCACAGUGCUCAGAAAGGCAGUUUGUGAAAAAAAUUUUCAAUCUGCUCCUUCCCCUUUCAUGAUGUCUGACCCAGGGAUCUGACAUUAUUCAAGGCAGAAUCUCUCCCAACCCAGGAAUCGAACCAGGGUCUCAUGCAUUGCAGGCGGAUUCUUUACCAACUGAGCUCUCAGGGAAUCCAGAAUCUCCCCAGGCCUCUUUGUUUUGCCAGCAAGUUGCCAUAGAAAGAAAAUUAUUCCUUUAUUUGCCUUAUUUGUGGGGUUUCACACAUCUCCGAGGGAACCUGGUUUCCAGCAUGUGAAAUGCAGUUCCGUGGGCUCUUUAAAGCUCAGUGUCAGUCUUAAAAGGGUCUAGGAGAACCAUGGAUUUACCAGGUGAGACUGUGCACCAUGGGAGUCACAGAAUGAGUAGUACUCAGAAGAAACAGCAGAUGAUUCCCUUUCUAUUGUUAAUUAUGCAAGGGCUCUAUACACAUGCCUCUAUACACAUCACCAGAGAAGAACCUGCUCCCAUAGUGUCACUGGAUAUUGUGGGGUCAGUAAAAGUCGCCUGUGAUUGUGA